AUGAAUAUCUGGUCAGGGUCCAUUACCUUGGAUCCAGACCGCCAGCUGGGAGGGAUUCGCUUGGUCGACCCAACUUCCCACUGGCAAUGCGACAUAUCCAAGGAAGCCAAACUUGGUCUCCGCAGCUUCGUGAAUCCAGCAUUAAUCCCACUGCACGCGCGAGCAGGUCCUAACCUCGAAUUGCACACAAUCGACGCGGGGACAUCCCAAUGGCUCCAGAGCAAGUUGGCAGGCGCCAUAUGGUUGAACGAAGAUGAAUUGGACCUCCACCAAUCACUACAAUGCCCAGUCGGGAUGCUGGUCAGUAUCGACGGCAUCCCGGCGAGGAAGGCUAGUGUGGUAACGUCGGACCUUCUGAUAUACGGCGUGAUAUCGACCGCGACGUCCUGCACCCGUCCACCGACGCCGCCACACUCGUCCCCGUCUGAGAUCCUCGGCCAGGCUAGUACCUCUCCGGGCAAGCCAUAUGAGCUCAGAAUAUACGCGGCGCCACUUUCAACAUCACUCCUCACCCAGGCCCAAGCCUUCCCGUCUCCGCCACAGAGCUCAGACGAAGAGCAUGUCUCGACCCAAGGCGAAUUCCUCCCCGAUAUCAGCUCGCCCAGCCCAAAGCGCAAACGAGUAGCCACGCUGUUUGAAGUAGCAGCACAGCAUCACCGGCGUGUCCGGCAGCGAGGCGGGGAGGCCGUCGCCCAACUGAUGGCCCCUUCGCGACCACUCUCUUCGUCCCAGAAUCUACAACCGCUACGAGUGAAGCGCGAGCCCGAAGACGACCAACCAAGCCUACCAACACUCGACCGGCUUACCGCACGCAGAUCCCGCUCUGUAUCCAUCGGAGCCGGACUGCACCGACCGAGCAGCAGACUCGGCGCCCGCGGACCCGGCACCCCAAUAUCAACCGCGGACCCCCCAAAGCGCACCACAACGCCAAAUCCCUUCCAAGAUCCCUCUUCCCGCCGCGCCUCCCAGCACACCCAGCCCUCAUCCCUACUCUCAAUCUCAGCUCCAGAUACCGCCGCACCACCCAGCUCCCCGCCCAAAAGCGCGGACGCCAUCAUCGCCGAAAAUAAGAACCUCGUCACUCGCACAAUUCUCACCUGCAUGCGGCUCUACGGCUUCCACCGCUCCACCACGCGCUCCUCCUCGUCCGCCAAGCUGAAUGCCACCGGCCCUGGCCUCGACCCAGAACCAGAGACGCGAAGCACAACGCCAGCGCUGGAGACGCUCCGUGCGGAAACGCCUGGUCCUGGUGCGACGGCGGACGACGAUGAGUUCAAGGCUAUGUACCAUGCGACGUACAAGGCUGCUGCGUUUGCGCUGCGCAGGUAUCUGAAGGACGCGGUUGGUGGGGGGACUACACCUGUAUUAUUGGAGAAAGGGAAGGCUAUGACCUGCAUUGAUGAGUUGUUACGGCUCUUCUGCGAAGAUCAUUAG